GCAGGGUGUUGGUUUUAAAGAUUCUGUGAAGAUGAAAAGGGAGAUCUUAUGGUUUUACAGAAUAUAGACCAAGACCUUCUGACAUGACGGCAAAAAAUGUUGGUGUGACUUCCACAAAUGGAGACUUGAAAGGAUUUAUAGAUCAGAACCAGAGUCCAACAAAAGGUAAUAUUUCAGUAAUCACACUACCAGUUUCCAGUACCAACUCCCCAACAAAGAUACUGCCAAAAACCUUAGGACCAAUCAAUGUGAAUGUUGGACCCCAAAUGAUAAUAAGCACAUCACAAAGACUGACCAAUUCAGGGGGUGUUCUGAUUGGGAGUCCGUAUAACCCAGCUCCAACGAUGGUGACGCAGACACACAUAACAGAAGCUACUGGUUGGAUUCCAGGGGAAAGAAAGAGAACUCGAGAAUUUAUAGAAUCAGAUUUUUCAGAAAGUAAAAGAAGCAAAAAAGGAGACAAAAAUGGGAAAGGUCUGAGGCACUUCUCCAUGAAAGUAUGUGAAAAAGUUCAGCGUAAAGGAACAACUUCAUACAAUGAAGUUGCUGAUGAGCUGGUAUCAGAAUUCACAAAUUCCAACAGCCAUCUAGCUGCGGAUUCGCAGGCUUAUGAUCAGAAAAAUAUUAGACGGAGAGUUUAUGAUGCCCUUAAUGUGUUGAUGGCAAUGAACAUAAUUUCAAAGGAGAAAAAGGAAAUCCGAUGGAUUGGCCUUCCUACAAACUCAGCUCAGGAAUGUCAGAAUCUAGAGAUAGAAAAACAGAAGCGGAUUGAACGGAUAAAAGAGAAACGAGCCCAGCUACAGGAACUGCUGCUGCAGCAAAUAGCUUUCAAAAACUUGGUACAAAGAAAUCAGCAAAAUGAACAACAGAAUCAAGGCCCCCCAGCCUCAAACUCUACAAUACAGCUGCCUUUCUUAAUCGUCAACACUAGCAAAAGAACCGUUAUUGACUGCAGCAUAUCAAGUGACAAAUUUGAAUACCUCUUCAAUUUCGAUAACACUUUUGAGAUUCAUGAUGACAGUGAAGUGUUGAAGAGAAUGGGAAUGUCCUUUGGGCUGGAGGAAGGCAAAUGCUCAGCUGAAGACCUAAGAACUGCAAAAUCUCUGGUGCCAAAAGCUUUAGAAGGCUACAUCACAGAUAUGUCUACAGGAUUGUCAUGGAUGAACCGAGGAUUACUUUCAAAUUCAGCACAAGCAGUUUCACAUUCAGAGAUAGCAGGAGGCACAUCUGAUUCAAAAUCAAGUGAGAAUCCAGGGUUGUGUUUGGAUACUGAAGUGGCUUUAGCAACUGGGCAGUUUCUUGCCCCUAGCAGUCAGCAGUCCAGUAGUGCAACAUCACGCUACUCUGAAUCACGGGGAGAAACUCCAUGCUCAUUCAAUGAUGAAGAAGAAGAGGAUGAAGAUGAAGAUGAUCCUUCGUCCCCAGAGUAAAGACAGUAAAAAUGGAUAUUCAAAAUGCUGCUCAUAUAUAUUCUUAAUGGGAGCUCACAUUUGGAUUUUACUUAGGUUUCUUGCCUUGGUUUGCACUGUGUUCAGUGAAGCAAAAUGGAAGCUCCAAAAUAAAUUAAUCCAAAGCUGAAAUUGGAAACUUUUUAUAACUGAACAGAGUGACAUGCAGACACAGAGCAAAGUGCUAUUUUUUAUCAACUACAACCAAGGAAAAGAACAAAGUCCCUGGAGAUUUGGAAAAGUAAACAUCAAGUUUGUAUUUUCCAUUUUGGGAUAUUCUGUCUCAAGUCUCUGUCUUCAUCAUAUCUUUACCAGAUGGGGAAGAAAAAGCCAAUUCUUGUGUUGUCUUUUGGAUGUUCUACCUUUAAAAAAUAAAAAAAAGGGGGGAGGGGGGGAAGGGGGGGAAGAGGGAGCACAUGGAUGUGCUAAAAAAGCUAUUUAAAACUAUCUUGUAUGAAAACUGUUGUAGGGAAAAGGAGCUGUUACAGUAUUUGCUUUUUUUUCUGUUCAACUUGCUGUAUUGAAGAUUCUUGAAGUAAUAUAAAUUACAGGUUAUUAAAUCAAUCUUGGAUUAGCUUAAACCCAUUUUAGAUACUCUAAAAGUAGCUUGUCUCUUUUGAAAGGUUCCUAUGUUCAUUUGUACUGCAAACCUAACUUAUUACAAAUGAUUAUUAGCCAUUAUUAAGCAGUCAGCAUAGAAACAGUGUUCUCUGCACCAGCUUUUUUCAAGGAAACAAAAGUGGAAACAGUGAUUUAUGGAUGACAGCACAUCCCAUGUAACUUCUCUUUCACUGUUUGAACAUUAUAAUCCCUUUGACUUCAUAGCAGGUACAGCAAAAAAGCGAAACAAAAACAACACAAAAACAAAGAGGCCUCUACGUAUUCAGGAUCUCAGGCAGUACGUUUCCAAGUGAGGUAAUGGAAGGUUCAGAUUUCUAAGAAAAAAUAAAUUUUGACAAUAUGCAAUUUCAUGUCUUGCAUUCUAGUCAUCAUGGACUAUGAUAGGUAAUUUGCUUUGCGUUAACUUCUGCUGCACACACCUCAGUGCACCUUUGAAAAACAUUAGUAUUGAACAGGUUAAAAUAAUUUCGCUAAAGUUGCACAACAUGAAUUCCCUUUGAACUGUUAAAUUAUACUUAAAACAGUAGGCUCCAUAUUCUGUGUUUAACAUCACAUCUCACAAAGACCUUUUUACAAAUCCUUGCAUAACAGCAAAACACUGUAGAUGUACAGUUCUUGUGGUGUUCCAACGUCCAAUAUUUUAACUAGCCCCAAGGUUACUAUUUUCAGUUAGGUAAAUGAAAAGUAUUUCUUCUUAGUUUCAUCCUCUAUGUCAGUAGUUGACCUUUUUCUAAGUACCAGUAUAGUACCUGUCAGAUCUCAGAGGCACUGCCUCUGUCAUUUAAGGAUUAGGCAGCUUAGGAUUUGCUUGAGCAGUGGCAGCACGUUGCAGCCACUGACAGCUGCAGCCGUUACUCAGGCACAGCAUGGGCUGCGCCCACCUCAGCUUUCACAAAGCCACACACAAGCCAGCGUGUCCCAGAGCACUCAGCCCGAGAUAGGAAGGUGAACCAGCACUUGAGCUAAGAAGAUGGCUGUUGGACAGCUGUUAGCACAUGACCAGCCACAUACAGGACAGGUGAAACGGCAAGAAGCGCACAAAUACAUCGGCAUAUUCACGUUAAAAGGUCAUGCACAUCAAAACUUUUGCAGUUAGUUUGAACUCCUGCAUUUAACAUUAGGACAGCAGCAUUUUUAAGACAUACAGCUCUUCUUUGGUAAGCUAGAUUGCUCUGCCUUCCACAAAUGAAAUGCAAAUGCAGAAAUGAAAAAGAAAAACCCAUAUGCCUACCCUGCUAUUCACCCUCCAGGCACGACUGUUAGACUGCCCUAUGCACAUGGCUCGCAGGCAACAGCAGGCUGAGGUUUACACCACCUCACUGCAACCAAAGCCAUAACGCUACCUCUAUGCGGAGAAAAGCUUUACCAAGAGAAAACCAUGUUCUCACAGAGAGUCAACGUACUCGUCUGAAACGUGAGAUAAGACGGCCGGAUGCUCUGGGCAUUCCAUUGGCUGCAUGAACGACGCUUCAUUUAAACAGGCAAUUGCCUUUAUUCUUAGAAAUACAUUGUUCUGUCAGCUUUCAUUGGACAGAGCGGAUGGAAGAUACCUGAUGUACACAGGACAUCCUGAGGCACUUCAAGAGGGGGGAGCGUUUUCUCAAGUAGUUACACCUCACAGCUCAAUACCUUAUGGGCAAAUCUACCUGUAUGCUUUAUUCACGUUUCCCACUCAAAAUCUCAUAAAAUGUAAAAACAGCAAAACGUUCAACAACUUUGGGGCUUGAGGCCCUUUGAACUGUAAGAUGCUGGCCAAAAAACAAAAGUUUCUUGCCGAGAAAUGGAAUGUAUUUUAUUAUGUAUUUUAUGAGCAGUCAGAGUGCUUUGCGGGAGGAAGAUCUUCAGUGAUGCCUUGCUGCCAUUGAUGUCUGCUUCCAUCAGCACAGCAGCCUGCACAGCUUCUUGCUCUCUAGCUAACUCAAAGCUAACAAAUCCCCCCCCCCC